GGUAUUGAAUAUUUCUUUAUUUUAUUAGAUAUGAAGUAUUUAGAUGUAAUUGGAAUAAUGUGUCAAUUUUUUAUUUCAUCCUGACACACAAUAUAGGCAUUGGAGAUUUUAUACGUCUCUCUAAUUAUGAAAGAUUUAAGACCUGAGCUAAAACUUGAGAUUCUUUUGUUUAGGUAUUUUUUUCCCUGCUAAAAAUAUGUUUCUUUUUCACCUUAAAAAAAAGGUAGAAUCUCAAAGCGAACAACAUCGUACUAACAGAACUAUUCGAUAAACAAGGGAAACCUGACAACUUCAAUCCUACCGUCACCAAACUGGCUCAUAAGGUGCUUUCGCUGCUACUGAUUCACUGAAACUCCUACCUCCGAAAGAGGCUCCAACAAGAUUCACGACUUGAAAUACUAGCUAAAGCUGAGUCUCCCAAUGAACCCCGACCGAAUUAUCACACUCAAAAUGUUUUUUUUUUCCUCCAGUAACAUCCAUUCUACCUAGCUAAGUUCAGCGGAGGUUUGAAUGCCCAACAAACAAGCUAAGAAUCCUAUGCAGAAUGAGAGCAGGGGAGGCCUCAAUGGCGACAAGAGGAAGCACUCACCGAUUACUCCAGGGAAAAUGAACAAGUUCAGUGGAGGAAUGAACGAAGUAUCAAGAACCCUAAACCCGAAUGAAGAAAGACAAUUUUUUUUUUUCAAGGGACAAUGCACCACAGAAACAAGAAGACACUGAGAACUGGAGAUGAAGAUUGAGCUUACCCGAGAGGGAGGAUUGACUAGAGAGCUUCUCUAUUGGCUUCAAAGGAACUUCACCGCAACAGAACGAUCGGAUUUAACUGUUAAGAGAAGGAACCGAAAGAGGAGGAAGAAGAAGAAGAAGCGCCAAAACCGAGCGAAAUGACGAAUGGAGAGCCCCAGUCAAUGGGAGAGGCAGGAAUAAUCUGAUUCUGAGGACCUCUUUUGCUAUACUUAAAAGUUAAGAGGAUGUAUCGGUAAGACUUUGAAAAGAGUAGGAUGUAAUCUGAAUUUAUUUUUCUGACUCUGAAUUUAUUUUUGUUGCAGCAAAAUUGGAAAUUUCAAUGUCAAUCGUUUUUUCUGAAUUCUGUUAAGGCUUCUUCUUCUUCAUCGCCCAUUCCAUUCCAGUCAACACGGGGAGGGCUAAACCGAGCCAGCCAGCAAGCCAGCCAGCAAGCCCAAAGCUUUCCUCCAACCCUCCUCUCCUCUCUCUUUCUCUCUCCCGGGGGACGAAGAAGAAGAAGGAGCCCUAAUUUCUGUUUCCCCCAAAUCCCUCGGCAAUUCCACCUUCCUUGUCGUUCGAUAACUCCAACCAAUUCAAUCCCAGAUCGAGGAGGGGGAAGGAGGAAACAAUGUCGUCGGAGAUCGAAGUGGUGGAGGAGGAGGUUGUUCAUUCCGGGGAUCACGGGGGAAGCAACGGGAUUGCUGCUUCUGCCAACGGCGGCGAGGAUGCUGUCGGCGACGAGAGCCUCAGGAACGACGUUUACACCGCGGCCGCGUAUGGAGAUUUGGAGAAGCUCCAGAGAUUGGUGGAGAGUGAGGGUUGCUCCGUCUCCGAGCCCGACGGGCUUGGAUACUAUGCGCUGCAGUGGGCUGCUUUGAAUAAUCGGACUGCUGCUGCUCAGUACAUAAUCGAGCAUGGAGGAGAUGUAAAUGCAGCAGAUCACACGGGUCAGACAGCACUACAUUGGAGUGCAGUUCGAGGUGCAAUCCAAGUUGCCGAACUUUUACUUCAAGAGGGUGCUCGGGUGAAUGCAGCUGACAUGUACGGUUAUCAGACUACACAUGUUGCAGCUCAGUAUGGUCAGACAGCUUUCUUGUAUCAUGUCGUCUCAAAAUGGAAUGCAGACCCUGAUCUUCCAGAUAAUGAUGGAAGAAGCCCCUUGCACUGGGCUGCUUAUAAGGGUUUUGCCGAUUGUAUACGCCUGUUGUUAUUUCUGGAUGCAUAUAGGGGACGGCAAGAUAAAGAGGGUUGCACACCCCUUCACUGGGCUGCAAUUAGGGGUAACUUGGAGGCAUGCACAGUGUUGGUACAAGCUGGCAAGAAGGAGGACUUGGUAAUCACAGAUAACACGGGGCUGACUCCAGCUCAACUUGCUUCUGAUAAGAACCACAGACAAGUUGCAUUUUUCCUUGGCAACGCUAGAAGGCUUCUUGAUAAACGUUGUGAUGGCGCCACCCACUUGGGACGUCUGUCGAAGUUGGGCCUUGCUCCAGUUCUUUGGUGUAUAAUAAUUAUUCUUCUGAUCAUCUAUAUCCAUUCUGUCAUCAUGGCUCCAAAUCUGCCCAGGGUAACACCUGGCUUUGGCCUAUUUGCAUGGCUUGGGGUAUUUCUUGCAACCAGUGGGCUUGUGACGUUUUACAGGUGUAGCAGGAAGGAUCCUGGAUACGUAAGAAUGAAUGUGCAUGAUCCACAAAAUAUGAAAGAUGAUGAACCUCUUUUGAAGAUAGAGAUAAACAAUCCUGCUUUGCUUUCUGGGAAUUGGUCUCAGCUUUGCGCAACGUGCAAGAUUGUAAGACCUCUUCGUGCAAAGCACUGUUCCACAUGUGAUCGUUGCGUCGAACAAUUUGACCACCAUUGCCCGUGGGUAUCAAAUUGCAUAGGCAAGAAAAACAAGUGGGAUUUCUUCUUGUUUCUUGUUUUGGAAGUCUCCGCAAUGCUGAUAACUGGUGGCGUGGCUCUCACUAGGAUUGUUACCGAUCAAAUGGCUCCUUCAACAUUCGGAGGCUGGUUAAACUAUGCAGGCACUCAUCACACUGGCGCCAUAUCUUUCCUGAUGGUCGACUUCUUCCUCUUCUUCGGUGUAGCUGUUCUAACCGUCGUCCAAGCCUCUCAGAUAUCCCGCAACAUAACAACCAACGAGAUGGCAAACGCAAUGCGGUACAGCUACCUGAGAGGCCCCAGCGGCCGGUUCAGGAACCCAUACGACCACGGAUGCAGAAAGAACUGCCUGGAUUUCUUGGUCUCGGGUUACAACACCGACGUGGAGUUCAUCGAGGACUCGUCCCAAGACGGGAUCGGAAUGAUGCACAUGUCUCGACACAACACGACGACCACCCUCCAGAACGGCGACACCCCCCAGAUCCCACACCACGCCGCCAAUGGCAGCAGCAGCGGGCACAUUGCGAUCAACGUGAACAACCGGGAGAGCAAACCCCUCCACCAACAACACCACCACCACCAAGGUGGUGGUCAGCACCACGUUCACUCUUCCAACUGCAGCCAUAGUAGUAGUAGCAGCAGCAGCAGUCAGGGGAAAUCCAAGUCGGAGAAAGUGCCAUUGGGUUUAGGUCUAGGUCUCGGUCUCGGUCGGAACGGUAGCCGUAGCGUGGCAGGCCCCUGAUGACUAAUCACUACAUACAGAUUGCAUCCAUUUUGUCUUGGUUGUUUUUUUGAUUACUCUAGAUUCCCCUGUUGGUUGUCUUUGUACCAUAGUGAAAGGAGAGAAAAAGGAGAGAACCCUUCUGGUGUUUCACCUGCUGUCUAAUUCAAUUGGUUGUUGCUGCUCGUUUUGCUCGGCCUCCAUACAUUCAUUUACUUGUACAGAGAGCUCUACUUUUAGAUACAACUUCAUCUCUAAGCAUUGGCUUUGGAAUGAUCCACGUUUCCUGAAACCUGAUAGAUGCUGCGAGGACCAGUGCCCUGUUGUAUCAGCCAUUUUCUUAGGCAAAGGGUAUUAAAUUUCUAGGGCAAAGGUCCAUCUGCAGUAGGACAACAGGGUAUUAAUUAUGCUUGGAAGAGUGACAGCUACUGCUGAUCUAUGUGCAUUCAGAUUUCAGCCAUUCACCAUACCUACCACCGAGCAAGCAAGCAAACAAGCCUGUUCUGCUGCAAGUUGGUUGGGAAUUGGUGCCUUCAGUUCAGGACAUAAAUAAAUGAAACGAGUGAGUGAGUGAAUGAAUCGAAUUCACUUCACACACGGUAUAAUUGCCAACUACCACCUCCUAUCAGUUCGGGGAAAACGAGAUCCUAACCGAAGAUCCUAUCUUUAAAUUUUAUUAAUCAGAAUUAGUGGCUAGUUGUCAAAUCGGUUUAAAUUAUUGAGCGAAUGAAGCAAGUAGUUUGAG